GCUUAGUUGCGUUCCGACGCUUCAUCUCGCGAGUCGCGACCCGUCCGAGUGUGUCCGUGUGUGCCAGCCAGAAGAAAGCGACGUGUCGACGAUCGUUUUUCCUCCGACCGGAGAUUGAAAGUGAUCAAACAGAGGCCAAAUAAAACUGCCAAAGAUCUGGGAAGCUGGGGAUCGGAACGAAGGCACAAUUUUCACUUCAGCCAGCGCAAACAAAGUUAUCUCGAUUAGUGAUUAUAGAGGCCGUUUCUAGCCGAAACAACACGGCUGGUGGCACCGUGAAAAUGAAUCUAUUUCAUGUGCUGAUUUCGGCCCACGGUUGGGACACCACGUCCGAUAAGUCGUCGUCGUCGUCCGACGGUGGAAAGUUGGGUGCCCGGUGCUAAGCGGUGCUUUUAAUUGGUGUUUAUGCUGGCCUGGCAAACAGCCGGCACAACUCAGCGACGAAAAAAAAAAAGGAAAGGGAUAACUCUCGGGUGAGAAGUUCUUCCCACGUUAAGGGAGAAGGACACUAUUAUCUUCUUCAGAAUCGAAAGCUUAUUUUUCGAGCCCCGGUGCGUUCCCGUGCUAGCGUUUGUUUCGGUGCUCAGGCACCACCACGGUGCCUUACGGAAGUGGUUUAUUAAAUCGCUCAAAUCCUCACAGUGCCCAGUUGUUGUUUUAGAGUCUUUCGGGUUCGGGUUUUUUCCUCGGUUCGUUGCCUUAAACUACAAAGCCUAGAGCUCUUUCCGCACGAUAAUAACGAUGGUUUGUGUCGCGAGUGAACGUACGAUCGGAAGGACAGUAGUACCGGCCAGUACGGUGCCGGUGUGGCCACUGAUAGCAUUGAUGGUGAUGGCGGAACUAGGCCAAAUAUUUGGCUACCACAUCCGGCACAUCGAGGAGGAACCGAGCCACCAGCUGCAGCAGGACCUGAUGGACUUUAUCGAUCUGGUACCGUUCGAGGAUGUGCAGCGCUUAAUGCAGUACUACUAUCACUACGACGUCGAGGUGGAGAGUGCCUUCGACUACGUGUCCACCGAGGACUACACACAGAUCCGGCUGGACAUUGUGAAUCUGGGAGAGGUGCGCAGCUUCCGACGCUAUCUGGACAGCAUCGGGUUCAGCGUGGAGAAGGUGUGGACCGAGCUGAACAAGCGGUUCGAUGCGGACGACAUCUUUGCCGAGCCGGACGAAAGCGUCAGGAUGUUAAAUCUCACCACCAGAGGAUUGAAUGGAUUAGUCGAUGACAUAUUGGCGCUGCUGCCGCAGGACGAAAUAAUCCUGCUUUUCUUCGACAAGCUGGAAACGAGCAAUGACUUUUCCUUCUUCUUCGAGCAGAUCGGUAGCGGCGAGUUUGAGAACGUACUCAACACACUGCAGUCUUCACAGCAGCUGCGGAUACUUCUCUGGAGACUGCAGCGGCACGGAUUCGAUAUUCCCGGAUGGAUACAGCUCGUGCAGAAGUAUUUCAGUUUCAGUAGUUUCUAAUUCUUCCCAGUGUGGGGCUUUCCCUUGGGGGUGGAUCCUUUCUUCUUCUUCUCUUUUUUUAGUUUCGAUAUAAAUAAGGGGAGGGAAAAAUACAGCUAACGAACGCAACCUGGACACGAUACACAUUUAUAUUUCAGUGUGCGUUGUGUUCAGCAUAAUAAAAACUGAAACAUGUGUUCCUCGGUAAGGGUAUUCUAUGAAUCGAUACGUUGUGUGGUAAAUAAAAUUGUGUGUAAACGAUUGCUAACAUGA